AUGGUCAGCUACAAUGAUCAGCUUUAUCUGUUUGGAGGCACCAAUGGCAUGACUUGGUAUAACGACGUGUGGACGUAUGAGCCUAUGUUCAACACUUGGACGCAACCUGGCUGUGUCGGGUACAUACCCUGCCCACGAGAGGGACAUUCCGCGGCUCUUGUCAACGAUACGAUGUACAUCUUCGGUGGUCGGACAGAGGAAGGCACAACUCUCGGUGAUUUGGCCGCUUUUCGCAUCACGUCGCAGCGCUGGUAUAAAUUUCAGCUUACGGGGCCUGCCCCAUCUCCUCGAUCGGGACACCGCAUGACCGUCUUUCGGCAGAAGAUAUUUUUAUUGGCCGGGAAGCCCUCAUCAGGGCCCGGAGAUGUUAGAGAACUCAGCUUGGCAUAUGUCUUGGACACUACCAAGCUCCGAUAUCCGAACGACUCGGCGGGCGGCGAAGCUUCAAUCGGCGUACCCACAGACUCAGGUUACACCUCUAUGGGACGACCCGAGAAAACCGAUGCGCAAGAGGAAGUUGGCGACGACACGAAGACAAUUAGCACCGACAACUCGGAGCUUACACUCUUACCUGACGUGAAGGACAACCUCGUCUCCGCUUUCGCUAGUGAACUCUGCCAGAGUCUUAGGAGUGCAUUAAAUGAUCAGCAGGAUGCUGUGAGAACUGUGGCACAGAAUCUUCCCGAACUGCUAAAGGAUUACGCAAUCCAGCUAAGAUAUGGUGCGGUACCUGGGCUCCAAAAAGAUGCGGCGGUAUUUGUGCGCCAUUACCGGCAGUACGUGACCUCAACUGCUCGUUUGUUCAGUCAUGCAAAUCUCGCGUUCCCUUCCAUCUCUCUAUAUUAUCUGACUGCUCUUAGACACAUUGCCCGUUGCUUCCACGAGUCCGUUGCGCCAACAUGGCGAGAACCAGAUGACGUCUCUCGUCGAUCUAGAACUUCAGAUGAGCUCACUAUGAAGGAAAAGGUAAACUUCUGGAACACCGAAGGAUCAGGUACUCCUGAUUUGCCUGUAGAAAUGCCGAAGGAUUCAAUCCUUUUCGAAAGUGAGGUGGAGGAAAAGGAAAACCCCAAUAUCCCCUUCUUGCCAGAAGCUCGGAUGUUCCUGAUCCAGAGCAAGGCAUAUGAGUGGCUGCUUGGAAGAAUACAGACUGGGUUAAUCUUGACGACCAGGAAGGGGACAGCUAUAGACGUUAUCAGGAAGACGAUUUUUGCCGGUUUACAUUCCCACAGAAAUUAUGGAAAACGCUCUCCCUCAGCCCACAAGGUGGUUUUCGAGGUUUUCUGGAGUCCGUUGAUGUUCCUCAAAGAACAACAGUAUCAGGAUGGAGCGAAUCAAGCAAUUGGGGAAGUUAUUACAGUGACCGGCUCAGCCAUUGAUGCACAGGCGAUGACUUGUGCUCAAUACAUACAUCAAACGUGGCCAUCAACUGGAGAUGAAGUCUUGCGGGCGCUACAAGCUGCAGUGGUUGAGACAUUGUUGCAUCCUCAUAAGUAUCAAUUGUCCGAUGACACUGGGCUUGAAAUCUCUCUGCACGGUUCAACUGUCUUAGUCGAAGCGACUGGAGUGGAGCGUAUUUUGGCAGAGAUUGGAGAACAACUUGCAUGGCUCGGCGCUGCUUGUCGAGCAUCGCCAAAGGACGGGAUGGCUUAUUCUACUGCGCAAAUCACACUACUGGAGAGUUCAAAUCUUCUUUUCAGGCUUGAUUUCUUGAUAGAUGAUCUUCCACUUGGUGAACACGACCGGAACAGAAUGGAAGCUGCUGGCACUCGCUAUUCAGGAAUCCUGUCAUUGCCAAUGGAUAUCCUGUUCUUGCUAGAAACCACCGAGAGAAAGUUCGACGGCAGCCUUGUUAUCAAGGGGUUCUCCACUAUGUUUGUGCCGACGGAGAGGACUGGAAACUCGGUGCUCUGGCAUUUUCUCUACGAGGAGAACCAAGGUCGUAUUUCAUACUUAUCCGCGAAAAGAAAUCGCUCAAAUCGAACCUUAAUAGACACUGUCGACUUCUUAUCUUCGAAUUCUACCAGAAAUUUCCUCGGCUGGGCCUCAUCUGUUGUGAUGCGAACAGGAAGUCCUGAUGUAAGGUACGAGGAUAUUGAGUGGACAGGACCCAAUUUUUCCUCCCCAGGUUGCGCUUUGGAGAAGGUGUCAAUUUCCGCAGGAAGAUUUAUAACAGGAGGCGCGACCUUUGCCAAGGGUAACAAAGACAUCCCAAUUUGUUUGUCCCGUGCAGGGCCUUACUUACAAGAAGUUCACUUUGCUCGUAACAUCAAUGUGGUACUCUAUGAUGUUAGAGACCGUCGUGGUUGGCUUGUAGAUGGAGCAAGCGCUCUCCUUCAUAUCGUACGCACUCAACUCUCUUCCAGCCCAUACUGCUCGAGUCCUCUAUUCAAGCUCGAAGAUUUUCGUCAUGCAGACUCCAAAAAUGGUGCAGAUGCUGCUCUAAUAGCGUUGACAGAUGUACGAAAUAUGGAAAUUGUGAUAUUUGAAGAUGUUGAAAUAUGGAGCGAAUUGACAGCUAAAGGAUCGGCGAAGGAGGAGGAAACGAAGAGAAAAACAAAGAAGUGGUGCUUCCAAGAUCUGGUGCGGCAAACAUGGGACAUAGUCGAGCAGAUUCACGAUCAUCAAACCAGAAUGUUGGCGUCUCUGGGAAUAGGUCUACGUUUUACAGACCGCGACAAGCUCGAGGGAUUUGGGUUCAUGGACAUAGUCAGCGGACAGAACCCUCUGCGACCGAGAGUAUCUAUUUUGAAACCCAGUGGAAGAGGCUGGGUAGACUUCACCAGAAGCAUUGGCGCGAUUAACCUACUGGGUCGAGGCUUUGGGGAACUCAUCAAGCCAGCCCAGGAUUGUGACCACCUCUGCAGAGCCUGGAAGAGUGUUCCAAAGGGUAAAGACUACCUCGUUGUCUGCACCAGGAAUCUGCGUGAGAUUUGCAUGAAGAACGGAGACACCGACUCCAACCCUCUAGAGCUCGCGCAGGGGAUUUACUGGUACAAAGCAGAUAAGCUUUUUGAGCCGUCCCCUUCCAAACGUGCCGUGCGAACUUACACAAGAGCGAAUACAUAG